UGGGCGUGUUCGCGGUCCCAGACCUCCGGUUACGGUUUCGGGGCAGACCAGGCCUGGCUGGGAGGGCGAGCGGAACCCUGGAGCAGCAGCCGUCGUCGUCGCCGCCGCCGGCGUCAAAGUCACCGCCGCCGGCGCCAAAGUCGCCGAGGCUGGGGAAUGUGGGCGUCGUCCCCAACCGCCCCCUGGGCAGCGUCCGCGGCGUGCCCAUGUCGUCGCCUCCCGGGCGCCGCACCCGCCUGUCGUCCCCCGGGACCAGCCGCCCGCCCGAGGACCGGGAGGAGGUGCGGCGCCGCCUCAUGGGCCUCAUCGAAGGCAACCGGGUGAUGAUCUUCAGCAAGAGCUACUGUCCUUACAGCACGCGGGUUAAAGAACUCUUUUCUUCUUUGGGAAUUGGAUGUAACAUCUUGGAACUUGAUCAAAUUGAUGAUGGGGCCAAUGUUCAAGAAGUACUGUCAGAAAUCUCUAAUCAGAAAACCGUGCCCAAUAUUUUUGUGAAUAAAGUACACGUGGGUGGAUGUGACCGAACUUUCCAGGCACAUCAGAAUGGUUUGCUACAGAAGCUCCUUCAGGAAGACUCAGCAUAUGAUUAUGACCUCAUUGUCAUUGGUGGAGGCUCUGGCGGCCUUGCAUGUGCAAAGGAAGCUGCCAUUUUGGGGAAGAAGGUCAUGGUGCUGGACUUUGUGGUGCCGUCCCCUCAGGGCACGUCCUGGGGUCUUGGUGGCACCUGUGUGAAUGUAGGCUGUAUCCCUAAGAAGCUGAUGCAUCAAGCUGCCCUCUUAGGACAGGCGCUUCAUGACUCCAGGAAGUUUGGCUGGGAGUAUAAUCAGCAUGUGAGGCACAGCUGGGAGACAAUGAUAGAAGCAGUUCAGAACCACAUUGGCUCUCUAAACUGGGGCUACAGGCUGUCUCUGAGGGAGAAGUCUGUGGCCUACGUCAAUUCCUACGGUGAAUUUGUUGAACAUCAUAAGAUAAAGGCAACCAAUAGAAAAGGUCAGGAAACUUGUUAUACUGCUGCAAAAUUUGUAAUAGCAACAGGUGAAAGGCCGCGGUAUUUAGGAAUCCAAGGAGAUAAAGAGUACUGUAUUACUAGUGAUGAUCUUUUCUCUCUGCCUCACUGCCCUGGCAAAACGUUAGUGGUUGGUGCCUCCUACGUUGCCCUGGAAUGUGCAGGAUUUCUUGCUGGCCUGGGCUUAGAGGUCACAGUCAUGGUGCGCUCAGUCCUUCUUCGUGGCUUCGACCAAGAAAUGGCAGAGAAAGUAGGUUCCUACAUGGAACAGCAUGGUGUUAAGUUCUUAAGAAAAUUCGUACCUGUGAUGGUUCAACAGUUGGAGAAAGGAUCACCUGGGAAGUUGAAAGUAUCAGCUAAAUCCACAGAAGGACCAGAAACUAUUGAAGGAAUAUAUAACACAGUUUUGUUAGCAAUUGGUCGUGAUCCCUGUACAAGGAAAAUAGGCUUGGAGAAGAUUGGUGUCAAAAUUAAUGAGAAGAAUGGCAAAAUACCUGUAAACGAUGUGGAGCAGACCAACGUGCCCUAUGUCUUUGCUAUUGGGGAUGUUUUGGAGGGUAAACCAGAGCUUACCCCUGUUGCCAUACAGGCAGGAAAGCUGCUGGCUCGGAGGCUUUUUGGGGCCGCUUCAGAAAAGUGUGAUUAUGUUAAUAUCCCGACUGCGGUGUUUACCCCUCUGGAAUAUGGUUGCUGUGGAUUAUCUGAAGAGAAAGCUGUUGAAGCAUAUAAAAAAGAGAAUCUAGAAGUAUUUCAUAGUUUCUUCUGGCCUCUUGAAUGGACGCUAGCCGGCAGAGACAACAAUACUUGUUAUGCAAAGAUAAUCUGCAAUAAAUUGGACCAUGAUCGGAUAAUAGGAUUACAUAUUCUUGGACCAAAUGCUGGUGAGGUUACCCAAGGAUUUGCAGCUGCAAUGAAAUGUGGGCUCACUAAACAGCAACUAGAUGACACCAUUGGAAUUCACCCCACAUGUGGGGAGGUAUUCACAGCCUUGGAAAUAACAAAGUCAUCGGGCCUAGACAUCACUCAGAAAGGCUGCUGAGGAUAGGCCUGCUGCUACUCAGUUUCCUUGUCAUAUUCUCAUUUCUUUCAAAGACAAGAACACUCAUACAAAAUGAGCCUGUGCUCGUGACACCUGCUGUUACUCAGGGACCAGCACAGGGCUUGUUUGCAGCACGGAGAUGAGAAAGCAGACAAGGAGACAGGACAGCAGCAGGCAUCUGCCUUGCAGGCGUGCUGACAGCAAGAAGCAGUGAGACUGCCUCCUUGACGCCUCAGCUCGGAGCCCCUCGUGAGGUGAGCUGAGGCCGACUCUUGCAAGUCAGAACUGAGCUUCUUUCUGCAAUACCUUUGAAUGGCACAGUUAACCUAAGUCAACUUUUUUGGUAGCUAAUGUUUAUCCCCUUGCGUGUUGUUUCUAUGAAAAUAUGUUUUUUGGUUAUGAAA